AUGGCUGAGACUGACAGUCGAGACUCAAUUGCUGAAAUUAACUCAAAGGAGAGGUGGAAUCUGUUCAGCCUCAAAGUCUUCAAGUUUUUGUGGGUUUUGAAGAAACCCUCCAAGGAGAAGCUGCUGUCCUCGGUACAGAAAUGCUUACGAAAACAUUCAGCGUCAUCGACGGCUUACACUCUUCCACCGCCAUCACUGAACAUAUAUUCCAGGUCAAAAGACUCAGUGGUCCUGAUCUGCCAAGCUCCCGAGGGGCAUUUUGGGAUUCGGUUCAUGUUGUACAAUAAAACAGAGCAGGUGGACUCAAUGGACUUCCAGCCAGCUGCUCGGGAGGUUCAGUUUACCGUAGAGAUGAAAGGAUGGGAAUUAGGAAAACGUUACCUUUUCUGCUGUUUGUACAGAAGUCGGGAGGGAUUCUACAGCGCGUUCAGUCCAUAUUUACAACUGGAGCGACAAACAAGUCUCGCCCCAACACGUAGCGUUCCCUCUUAUCCCCCUCCACUCUUGUCUGUGGAGCCCUCUACAGGAGAGAUAAAACGUGGGGAGACGCUCUCUUUCCGCUGCAUGGUGCCCACUCAUCCCAACCAAUCCCAAUCACAGUCCCAGUCCCAGUCGAAGAAACCAGCGACCUUUCUGUUGCUGAGGACUGACAAGCACUCUGGGCUAACAUCCGUCAUCCCGCAGCCUCCAUCCGGUCAGGUUUCAAACUCUGAAACACAGCCAGGGGUCUUCACGCUGGGGCCAGUUUUGGGAGGAGAAGAGGGCGAGUACACCUGCCUCUACCAAAUCACCAAAAAAAGGGGAAUGAUUAAUUCAACGGUCAGCAAUGUGGUGCAAAUCACUAUUACAGACAUGCUGCCAGCGCCCACCCUUACGCUCCAGCGACAAACAGACGUGUGGCAUUUGCUUUGCUCAGGGUCUCCUGCAUACCCAGGUGGGGUGUUCUCACUCUUCCUAGCGGGUGAUGAACUUCCUGUUGCCACUCACCUGGCAAAGAUGAUGCACCAUGAAGUCAUAUUUCAAGUACCCGUGCAGGACACAGCAGUGGCUCUCUACCAGUGCCAGUACAGUGUCAUGCUAAUGAAAAUGUGGAGCCAUUCCCCAAGAAGCAUACCCCUAUCUGUAACAAGAGGUGUGGAUUGGCCUCUUGUUUUAGGCUCUGUAUCUGCGGCUGUGUUAUUCCUCUGCUCGCUGGCACUUGUGGUUGUGGUUGCACAGAGGAAAGGCAGGAGACGCAGUUCUGGACACAAGUUCAUGAUAAAGACCAUGUUGCCGACCUCACAUUGA